CGAUUAAUGCCCAAUGGUCGCAUAUAUUGGGCUUGCGUUUCAAUGGUUACCCUCAUCAAAUUUGUGUCGACAUACGUAUGUCGCUGACGGGACCCCUCCUUGUUCCAUGGCACAGCUUCACCGACUGAGCGACUACCAACGACCGGUGUAAAAUACUUCAAACUGACCUAGUAGGUGAAUAAGAUGUAUCACUUCCGGUUCCUCAAGUGUUCCUGUGUAUCAGCGGAUAUCACCUCUUGGAACAUUACUUGAUGGCGUCAAUUUAUUAUAAUAUCUUAAAGAUGCGACUGGGAUCGCUAUCUGUUGUUACUGGAAUAUUAGUGGCUGUAUCUGGAGAAGAGUGCAUUGAGCAACAGACAACUGAAGAAAAUGUAACGACAAUUGUAUCGAGCUUACGGACAAGAACGAAGGCAGUCAAAAAGGGCAGGAGAUACAGAAUGGAAACUGAAUACUACGAAUUCUUUGAAGAAAAGAUUAGCCGGAGAAACGUCACACAUAGUGUCGCAACAUGUUGUCAUGGAUACGAGAAUGUGAACGGAAAAUGUUUGAAACAUUCGACAUUCGUAACCCCCAAUGCUCCGAUCUCUGCCAGUAUGACGUCAGUUGUUGUUCCGACUGUGAUGCUGUUGUUUAUGUUGGCUGUGUCCAUUGUUGUCGUGUAUCACUUACACUCCAAAGACAAAUUAUGCACCAGGUCAAAGAGGAAAAACAAAACCAAGAAAUCUUCUGUCAAAAAAGCCAACAGAUCUACAGACGAGCUGUAUACACAGAUUGAACCACCCACAGGGAUUGUAUCGGGGCACUACGACGACCUUCGUUGCUCACAGAGACAGGUCAAUGCCAACCCACAGCCAAACAAAGGGACAGAAGAGGAUGACAGGAGGUCCGACCACAAUUACGACUAUUUGUCGAUAUCCUCAACGCUAACUAAAUAAACCAGGCACCACGAAUUUCACACAAAUCACGCUACUGUGUCAACACGUGCACGAAAUUAAAAUGUACUUUUAAUUCGUUAACAUGGCAUUCAGAUUGGUAUCCUGAUAAAAAGUUUUAUUACAUAAGCAGUCCUCCAUGUUCCCUUUUUAGACACAUGCAGUCUGAGUAAGAACAUGUUUGCGUUUUAAGAGUUCAAUAAACAUCUUUAAAAAAUGAUUUGUUUAUGAAAAACUGUGAAAAAGCGCUAUUUAAAUUUUACACAGUCUUUGACCGAAUGAAAAGCUCCGUGCAAUGAUUUUCAAUAGAAUAUGCACUGGCAUUAGAAACGUACUAUUAUCCGUGAGACUUAAUAUUGUGUUUGUUACAGACAAGGAAGAAAAUAAACACGAAAGGAGAACUUGUAAAUGCCAUAAUCUGCAUUACAUAACCCCUUAUUUCAAGAGGAUCAUUUUUAUUCCAACAGGAAGAACAUACAUUUCUAAAGAAGGGAUAAAGUUCAAAUGCGUAAAAAUGAAU